AGUGUUUUGUUCCUGUGGCACAGCUAAGAACAUCAGGACAGCGGCCCUUGAGGACUGUGCUUUGACACAUGUGGACUAAAGGGAAUGAUGGAUCAGGACUAUGAAUGCCGGCUGCUCAGACAAAUAAAUAUCCAAAACGAGAAUGCAAGCCCCGUAAAAGCUGUGGGAGCGGUGCGAUCUCUGACACCCACCAGCUCCCCCCUGUCCUCGCCCAGCAAGCACGGCGAUCGCUUCAUUCCCUCCCGGGCGGGAGCCAACUGGAGUGUCAACUUCCACCGCAUUAAUGAAAUUGAAAAGUCGCACAGUCAAAAUAGAAAAACCAAAGAUGGGACAACCGACAGCAAUAAAGUGGACGGUCUGGCUUACUCCGCUCUGCUGAAGAACGAGCUGCUGGGAGCGGGAAUUGAGAAGGUUCAAGACCCUCAGUCUGAAGACCGUCGAUUGCAGCCGUCUACUCCUGCCAAGAGGAGCCUUUUUAGCUAUUCUGUAAGUACGAAGAGGGCUCUACCGGAAGAAGACGGCAACACUGUUUCCCCGUAUUCUCUAUCACCUGUCAGCAGCAACAGCCAAAAAUUGCUACGGUCACCAAGAAAGCCUACACGCAAGAUUUCCAAAAUUCCCUUUAAAGUUUUAGAUGCUCCAGAGCUUCAGGAUGACUUCUACCUCAACCUGGUGGACUGGUCGUCUCUGAACGUGCUCAGCGUGGGGCUGGGUACCUGUGUCUACCUGUGGAGCGCCUGCACCAGCCAGGUGACGCGUCUUUGCGACCUCUCUGUAGAAGGAGAUUCGGUUACGUCAGUCGGCUGGUCAGAGAGGGGUAACCUGGUAGCGGUGGGCACGCACAAGGGCUACGUCCAGAUUUGGGACGCGGCAGCAGGGAAGAAGCUCUCUGUGUUGGAGGGACACACGGCCAGAGUGGGUGCUUUGGCGUGGAACGCCGACCAGCUGUCGUCUGGAAGCCGCGAUCGUGUGAUCCUGCAGCGGGACAUCAGAGCGCCACCUCUGCAGUCGGAGCGCCGUCUCCAGGGCCACAGGCAGGAAGUCUGCGGGCUCAAGUGGAGCACGGACCACCAGCUGCUGGCUUCAGGCGGAAACGAUAACAAGCUACUCGUGUGGAACCACUCGAGCGUGCUGCCCGUGCAGCAAUACACAGAGCACUUGGCUGCAGUGAAGGCCAUCGCCUGGUCGCCCCACCAGCACGGCCUGCUGGCCUCGGGUGGCGGCACGGCUGACCGCUGCAUCCGCUUCUGGAACACUCUGACCGGCCAGCCGCUGCAGUGCACCGACACCGGCUCUCAGGUCUGCAAYCUGGCCUGGUCCAAGCACACCAAUGAACUGGUGAGUCCUCUGACGCUUCUGAGGCCGUUGAUGUGA